AGGAAGUUUAUCCCAGGCGUGUAUAAAGACGCUUCCUGUGCUCUUCUUGAAAGAAACAUAUUUUGAAACAUUCAUGGCUUAACGUUACAUAAAGAAACACGAAGCAGAUAAACAGUUGCCCAAGAUGAAUUACGUACCAGGGACGGCAAGCCUCAUUGACGACAUCGACAAGAAGCACCUGGUGCUGCUCCGAGAUGGCAGGACACUGAUCGGAUACCUCAGAAGCAUUGAUCAGUUUGCUAAUUUAGUUUUCCAUCAGACAGUUGAGCGGAUCCACGUGGGGAAGAAAUUUGGUGACAUCCCCAGAGGAAUAUUCAUAGUGAGAGGAGAGAAUGUGGUCCUGCUGGGGGAGAUAGACGUGGAUAAGCCCAGUGACACGGUCCUGCAGCAAGUUUCCAUUGAAGAGAUCCUGGAGGAGCAGCGGUUGCAGCAGCAAGCCAAACAGGAGACGGAGAAAGUCAAAAUGCAGGUCCUGAAGGACCGAGGCCUCUCCGUCCCCAAAGCCGAUAACUUAGACGAAUACUAGCACGGCCUUCAUUUUUCCAUGAGCCUCCUCCUCAGUUUGUACGGGACUGAUUUAAGUUUUCUGGUGAAUUUGAAUUUGAGAGAGCAUGGCCGUGUGUUUUUUAUGGGUACAUGGCUGCAUCACAAUGGGCCUGUUUACUGUAGUGUACUGUGUGAAUUUAAUUUGAAUUAGAAGGAGAGAAAAUGUGAUGACUGCUCUCACUUUUGCAGAUCAUGUCAGCAAAAUGAUAAAUUCAUAUGUUUGUCUUAAGAUCACUAUGUUGGCAAUUAAGCAAUUAUUUUACAGCAGCACUUUCUAUUCAUGAUAUGGGUAGUCUUAUUGUUUGGACACAAAAACUGUCUGUGCUCGAUUAAAGAGUUGAUUUUUUUUUUUUCUUUAUGGAAUGCCUGCUUGGGAAAAAAGAAAGUGUGUCCUCACAUUAUCUGACCAUGUUGCUAUUUCAGUUUCACUCACACUGUAUUUAAUGCUUUACUGUUGAGGCAUUCAAGGCUGAGAUAUUUAGGUAAAUCUGGGCUCAUAGCAGCCAGUGACCUCCUGGUCCUGUGUGAUGGCGCCACAGUCAAUGCAUGCAGACCACCUGGCACUCUGCAACGUUGCAUCAAACGUGAGACUGAUCAUGCAUUUGUUUGCCAUGCAUUAGGAAUGGGCAUAAUUCAUUUGGGUAAUUCUGUUAAGGCAGGCGCCAUAUCAGUGCAUCAGACAACCUCAUGUCCAGUUUAUAGAGAUAAAGAGCACGGCCGGAAAAAUCGAUCCUAUCUGCUUUCAUCAGUCAAUAAGAAGCUUGUUAAUCGUUUGUCCAGAUACAGUGAGUUAAUAUAAAACAGGCGCCGUGCAAGCGCCCUGUGACCGGCUCAGUACACGCACGCACGCACGCACACACACACACACACACACACACACACACACACACACACACACACACGGUGCAACAGGAGGCAGGGCGGCGGUGUUCUGGGUGCUGUGAUCUCCACGUGAAGUAGCCUUCCGCCGAGAUUCAGUGUAUGUUGAUUUUUUUUUUCCUUUUCACUGUGAACACUGUACAGCAGCCUGUAGAUGGGAAAAAACGUUUUAAGAGAGAUGUCAUGUGAUGUACAGUUAUAAAAGAAUGAUUUCCGGUUAGGCUUCAAAAUAAAACGCUUGCCUUAAGGAGACUAGAGCUUGACUGGGAUCAGGGGUUGUAGGUCUUGCUGAUCAAGUUGUACCAUUGACUUUACCUAUAAAGAUGCAGUCUUAUUGGG